UGAAGAAACUAUGAAGAUUCUGAGCGCUGUUCUGCUCCUGGCAAUGCUCUGCUCUCAUCAGCUGGUCUCCGGUGCCAUACUACCAAGUGCUUCGAAUGACUGCUGCGUGAAGUUCUUUAAAGGGGUUAUACCAUUGAAGAAAAUUAUGUCUUACUACAAGACCAGCAGCAGCUGUCCCAAACAAGCUAUCGUGAUGAAGACCGACAAAGGACAACAGUGCGUGAAUCCAGAGAUGCCCUGGGUCAAGAGACAUGUUGCUUCCUUGGACAGACAGACGACUACAACGACAACAGUGAAGAAAACUACUCAAAUUUAAACUCUGAAUAGAU